GCUGUGGAAGAGUUACUUAAAGAGGCAAAACGUGGGAGAACCAGAGCUGAAACAAUGGGAGCUAUGGGUUGGUUGAAAUGUCCUCUUGCUGGUACAAAUAAAAGAUUUCUUAUUAAUACCAUCAAAAACACAUUACCAUCUCAAAAAGAACAAGACCAAGAACGUGAGCAAAAGGAAGACAGUAAGGAGCCAGAGCCAAACAAAAGCAGGAAAGAAGAAAAACCAAAGAAACGCAGAAUUCACCCGUAUACACCCAGCUUUCAGUCCAGAAGGAGAGUCAGCUAUUCUCCUCCAAGGCACCGAAACAGGAACCAGCACACAAAGGAUAAGCAUGAAAAGCGAUCAAGCAAACGAUGAGGAGAGGGGAGUGACGAGUAUGUGUUGUUACAAGCCAGGAAUGUCAUGAAGUGUCGGUCUGCAGGGAUGUCUCAGUUUUUCAGGAAAGGAUGCUGUUCAAAAUUGGAUUUUGAACCGAGUUGCUUAUGUGAGAAGUAACCUUGAGGUAGCUUUAGAAAACUUUUCUUUGGGACCUUUAAGAGAAAGCAAAGUGCAGCAUCAAUCUUUGAGUCGUUUUAGAAAAGACAUUCCUUUCCCUUUGCUCCAUUCCUCUCUCCCCUUCUGACUAAGCUUAGGGUCUUGGUGAUGGAGCGUGAUGCGUGUGUCACUGUCCGAUACAACUCGUUUAGUCAUGUCACUCUUUUGGAGAUAAAUUUGAAUUAAGCAGAAAUCUAUUUAUUGUGUAAAGUUGGCAGAACUUCUUUGCUGCUAAGCAAUGAAGAAGUUUUGUGUGUUUGGGUUAGUUUAGUUUUACAGAACCUAGAAUAAGGGAAAGCUGGUCAGUGCCUGGCCAAGCACAUGCGUUUUGUAUAGAAUAUAA